AUGAAGCUAAUCCUUUGGAAUUGUCGGGGGGCCGGGAAACCUUCGUUCGCCCCGGCGUUUCGGAGGUUGGUGCAUGUGCACAAUCCAGACAUCUGUGUCUUAUUUGAGACCCGGUUGGCCGGGAGGAGUAUUGUUAAAGCCAGGAGGGCACUGCCACGAUCCUGGGGUUUCUAUGCUGUGGAUGCUCAGGGGUUGUCGGGCGGCAUCUUUGUGACAUGGAAAUUGGAUGGUGGGAAGCUGGAUAUCUUUAAUGUUAGUAGCCAAGAAGUGAUCAUGGUGAUAUCUGAGGGGGUGGGGAGGCCAUGGAUUUUUGCAGCUGUGUAUGCUAGCACCGAUUUCAGGGCUCGGAGGUCACUGUGGGAGGAGGCUUCCAAGCUGGUUGAUCAGGGGCAGCCAAUGUUGAUUGCAGGUGACUUUAACUGUAUAGAUGACCCACAGGAGAAGAUGGGAGGGAGGCCAUUCUCCUAUCAGAGGAAGGUGAGGGAGUUUCAGGAGUUUAUUUCUACAAAUGGGUUGAUUGAUCUGGGCUUCACAGGGCCCAGAUUCACAUGGUACAACAACCAACAGGGUCCGGCUAGAGUUUGGGAGAGGCUUGAUAGGGCUUUUGCUACAGCUGGAUGGAUCCAGGAGUUUCCAGACUAUCAUGUCAAACACCUACCGAGGAUAGCUUCAGAUCACAGUCCAAUACUGGUAUGUACUGACAGACCCAUCCCUUAUCAUUGCCCUUUCAGGUUUGAGAGGUUAUGGUUGUGUUACCCUAGGUCUUGGGGUGUUGUGAGUGAGGUUUGGAACAUGCCGGUUCGGGGGGAUGCUAUGUAUCGGGUUUCUCGCAGACUUGAGUUGGCUAGGAGACACCUUCGGCGGUGGAACAGGGUGGAGGUAGGGAACAUAUUCCGAAGAAUUGAGGAGUUAGAGGAGGCCAUUGCAAAUCUACAACUUCGAGAGGCCUCGGGGGGAGGACUAUCACAGGCGGAGUUGUCGGAAUUGAGAUCCUUCCUAUCUAUGCAUAAUGCUCUCCUUAGUCAACAGGAGAUCUUCUGGAGGUAG